AUGUACGUGGGCUAUGUGCUGGACAAGGAUUCUCCCGUGUACCCCGGCCCCGCCCGGCCCGCGGGUCUCGGCCUGGGCCCGCAAGCCUACGGCCCCCCUCCCCCACCCCCUGGGCCCCCGCAGUACCCCGACUUCGCAGGCUACUCCCACGUGGAGCCGGCCCCCGCGCCCCCUGCGGCCUGGAGCGCGCCUUUCUCCGCGCCCAAGGACGACUGGGCCGCAGCCUACGGCCCGGGCCCCGCGGCCCCCGCCGCCAGCCCAGCCCCGCUGGCAUUCGGGCCCCCCCCAGACUUUAGCCCGGUGCCCGCGCCCCCUGGGCCUGGCCCGGGCCUCCUGGCGCAGCCCCUCGGCGGCCCGGGCGCCCCGUCCUCGCCCGGAGCGCAAAGGCGGACGCCCUACGAGUGGAUGCGGCGCAGCGUGGCGGCCGGAGGCGGCGGUGGCAGCGGUAAGACCCGGACCAAGGACAAGUACCGCGUGGUCUACACUGACCACCAGCGCCUGGAGCUGGAGAAGGAGUUUCACUACAGCCGCUACAUCACCAUCCGGCGGAAAUCAGAGCUGGCGGCCAAUCUGGGGCUCACUGAACGGCAGGUGAAGAUCUGGUUCCAAAACCGGCGGGCAAAGGAGCGCAAAGUGAACAAGAAGAAGCAGCAGCAGGAGCAGCAGCCCCCACCGCCCCCACCGCCAGCCCCCGAAGUCACCCCCGCCCCAGCUGGGCCACCCCUGGGGACCCUGUGCCCCAGCUCUGCCGGCCUCCUGGGCGCCUCCUCCCCGAUGCCCGUGAAGGAGGAGUACCUGCCGUAG